AUGUCGAGACAAGACGUAAUCUUUCGCACACCGUUCACUCGACAUUGUAUGACCACCACCACUAGUACAACCAAGCACCACUCAGACGAACCCACAAGCAGCCACAAUACAUGUGACAUACCAGAGCCGAACCACACUGGGCAUACCCCUUUC